GCCGUCACCAACCUGGCCCAGGGCGCAGGCGCGGGAAAGUUCAACUAAGAAAAGAAAGUUUAUACAAGUUCAGUGGAGGAGGUGGCGGCGGCGGGGCCCGGGACCAGCAGGCUGCGCGGCGAACCAGUAACGGACGGAGGGGAAUGUUUGCUAUGAAGCCUGCUGGGAUUGGUAGUUCUCGACCCUCUACGGACGUGCCCCCAUGGCAGGCUCGGAAGAGCUGGGGCUCCGAGAGGACACGCUGAGGGUCCUAGCUGCCUUCCUAAGGCGGGGUGAGGCUGCGGGGUCUCCCAUUCCGACCCCACCCAGGAGCCCUGCCCAAGAGGAGCCAACAGACUUCCUGAGCCGCCUUCGAAGAUGUCUUCCCUGCUCCCUGGGGCGAGGAGCAGUUCCCCCUGAGUCCCCUCGGCCUUGCUCCCUGCCCCUCCGGCCAUGCUAUGGUUCAGAGCCUGGCCCAGCUACUCCAGAUUUCUAUGCCCUGGUGGCCCAGCGGCUGGAACAGCUGGUCCAAGAGCAACUGAAAUCCCCACCUAGCCCAGAAUUACAGGGUCACGCACCCACAGAGAAGGAAGCCCUGCUGCGAAAGCUGGUGGCCUUGCUGGAGGAAGAGGCGGAAGUCAUCAACCAGAAGCUGGCCUCAGACCCCGCCCUGCGGCGCAAGCUGGCCCGCCUCUCCGCCGGUUCCUUCAGCCGCCUAGUGGAGCUCUUCUCUAGCCGGGAGGGCAACCCUCGCCCAAGCCAAGCACGCCCCUCGCUGCCGUGCCCCGGGCCCCCACCGCCUUCCCCGGAGCCUCUGGCCCGCCUAGCCCUGGCCAUGGAGCUGAGCCGGCGCGUGGCCAGGCUGGGGGGCACCCUGGCCGGUCUCAGCGUAGAGCACGUGCACAGCUUUGCGCCCUGGAUCCAGGCCCACGGGGGCUGGGGGGGCAUCCUGGCAGUUUCACCUGUGGACUUGAACUUACCCCUGGACUGAGCUUUUCCUCAGAAGCUGCUACAAGAUUGGACCUCAUGUCCCUGCACUCUUUUUCCAAGGCUUCCUAUUCCACUCAGGGCUGUGGGGUGGUGCCCACCCUCUCUGUUUUUGCCAAA